AUGGCGCCCACACCGCGCGGGACCGCGCCGUCGAGCUUCGAGCAGACAUGGGACGACACCGAUGCCGCUUUCCUCAACCCGACUGCCCUUCCUAUAGCCAAGGUGCCUCGGGCGUGGGAGCGUAAACAAGAGACAAAGGUCACGGGAGAGGGAAGACACAAGAAAGUUUGGCGCAGAUAUUCCAUGAGGUCGCGUGCAGCAAACACUGCGACGCCGGACGAAGACGAGGAAGAGGAACAGGAGCGCGAUUCGCGGUCAAGAGCCGUGAAGAAGCUACAGCACAUGAGCCCCAAGGCAAUGGAGAAGUCGGCCACCUUGCGAACUGGCAGAAAGCGCACGUUCAAAGCUACGCGCUGGGAUCGCAGGAAAAGCGUGCUUCCGCGCAAGAAAACAAUGCCCACCGAGCCCUCCGCUAACAAUGUCGAAGACACGAACGACUCUCGCGAUGAAAUUCAAGACACAAUCCAUGUAAACGUCAGCAAUAGCAGCUUUCCCGAGGUUGACAUGCACGAAUCGGGGGAUACAGCGCUUCCGCUAGUGCUACCACCCGAUGGCAAGGACAGAAGGGCAACCUUUACCUUCUCUGUCGAAGAGGAUCAGGAUGAGCGUCCCGUUCGCGAAGCUGAGGGCAUCUCGGCCUAUCAAGGCGACAACCGCCCUGCCUCACUCGAACCCGAAGCCGAUCAGGACGCUACGCUUGUCCGAUUAUUCCGCUCUCCGGCCAAGGUCGAUCCUCUUGUCGCACCCGUGGAAUCAUUUGAAGUCGUAGAUUGUGCUCGGCUGCCCCGACCGACUGAGGCUGAAGCUGAGAAAAUCAUUAUUCCUGCAGAUGAGCAAGACGAGACCUCUGAGGCAUGCGCCGGAGACGCCGCAGUUCAAGACGCCGUUAAGGCUUUGGACAUGGAAGAAGUUAUCUCCUCGGAACAGGAGGGUCUCCCAACACGAGAGGCAGAGGGGGAGCGGUACGCAGAGGAGGCAAAGGUGGACACUCAUGCGGUGCAGGUGGUUCGGGUGUCGUAUCCUUCGUUAUUUGACGAUGAACUCCAUGAAGGAUCAAUAGAUCCCCCCAAUCAUCCCGAGGAAAACGGGGACUAUGGAGUGUCCGAAACUACGUUCGCUUUCCUUGAUCUGCAGCAGGAGGAGGGAGACAGCGGCACCGAUUCCGACACACGGGAAGAGUUGCCCGAAGAGGAGAACUUUACAGAGGCAUCCCUGCAGCUGGACCUUCAGCAAGACCAAAAAACAGAGCAACAACGAAUCCAAACGGGAUCAUUGGCCGCACCAGAAGCGCAGCAGGAGUUGACGGCGAACAACGCUACAAUAGCAGAAGACGCCACUUCGGAAAACGUUGCAGGUGCUACCCAUCAGGAGACGGCGGACACAGAGCGUCACGCCACAGCUGGAACCCCAACCACGGAAACUCAAGAAAUCGCGGUAGACGAUAUCGCCGCCGGGCUUACUCUGGGUCCCUCUGUGCCUUCUUCGAGGGAGCCUACGCCGCGAAAAUUGCGAUCCCCGUCGCCGCCUGCUGCCGCUGAGCCCGGACCAGAAGACACCACUAUGACGAUAGCUUUGGACGACGACACAGCGCUCUUGAAAGACUUUCUCUCGCGUGCUGCGGCAAACAGGGCAAACAAAGCCGCCAGCAUGGCGCGUCGCGAAUCUCUUCAAAAUCGGCGUGACUCAGAUGUCGUGCGUCAUGCACUGGCAUCUCCCCGCAAGGUUCUAGAAGACAAGGACCCUAACUCUCCCUCGAAAUACGAUAACGACACCACGCUGGAUUUAUCGCAGACUCUCACGCUAAAUGCUGCGGAGCAGCAUGCUCCUUUAUCGCUAUCACAAGACCAAGCAGACACGGAGGGCGUUGAAGACACGAAAGUGCCACGCAGCUCGAGGAGGUCAUCCCGCACACGAAAAUCUCGUCUUCCCGCUCCAGCGUCAGCCGCGCAGCAGGUCGGGCCUCCUAAGAUCGCAGUCGGGCGCAAUGGCAGUGACCAUAUCGUGCUUAAGAAGACAGAUGCGCAAGAGCUGAGUCUCCUGACGCGAGCCAACACCCGCAAGAACAAGCAAGGUGCAAUGGCAGUCGGCGUCCGUCUUCUGAAGCUUGCGAAUGACGCCGCAUCUCGUUCGGCAGAUGACCUUACCAUCGAAGCUGAUCCGGCGAUGGUGAACGGGAAGAAGUAUGUUCGCUGGGAUGAACAGUUGGCGUAUUAUCAAGAAGGCACAGACACCAUGGCAAACAUGCUGGCGGAAGCAGAAUCCCUCGCCAGCCCAGAUGAACUCAGCUUGCCGGCUCCUGUGUCUACUCCCAGCGUGAAAUCGAAGUCAAAGUCAUCGAAGGACAAGAAUUCUACGCCAAAUAUCCGACGCGUUCGUGGCCUAGGUACUGCUAACGGUACACCUGGAAAAGGCCUCCUGGCCACUGUAUCUCUCCUGCCCGAUGCUGUCCAAGAGGAGAAAGACGCUGCUCAAGCGCAAUCGCAAUCGCAUUCACAGCAUCAGCGCCUCCCGAAGCCUAGAUCCAGCAAGCUGAAGAAGAUGCCCGUCGCCUCAACUUCUACCCCGGAUCCGGCACCCUCAGCGCCCAUGGACAAGCUUCCAGUUCUAGACGUCGUGCCUGUAGGCAUUGAACCCACUAAAGCCGUCACAAAAGAACGAAAAAGCCGGCUAGCGACGCCCAGGAAAGUCAAGCUACCGCAGCCGGGGUCUGCGGUCGUUGCAGACGGGAAGGAGAACCAGCGAAGGGGUAGCAUUGCCGCCGGGACGCCUAAGAAGGGUAUCCCGAUGCCAGCUGUUGUUGUACCCUCGAGUAAGGGCGUGGAGACGGGGCUACCCAGACGAAGAGGACGGAAGCUGUAG